CCGCGUGCUUCUGAACGUAAUAUUAAAGUCGUUUUGGACCCCUUAACAAUUCGCCAGGGUCGCGUCAGGCGCUUGACUUUCAUCGGAGCAUUGAUUUUAAGCCUGCACAUCCGCGAUGGCCACCCGUUUUUUGGGGGAAGCCAUGAUCCAAUCAGAGUUAGCCCAGGCGCUGGUUCUGCUAGGGAGAUAAACACAGCGAGCUAGCGUUGCUGUAACGGCACGGGGGCGAUGCGACUCAUCGCGGUGGUUUUAACCUAUUAAUGCAACAUGCAUCCUGUUAUAUUUAUUCGGUUCCUCGUCGCUGAAUUGAUCGAUUGAAGAGCCGUCUGGUUAUUUUUCUCCAGUUUGAAAUGUGCCGUUGAUCGGUACCGAGGCGCAGUCGUUGCUGUCUGGUAUGCUCCCAGCAGCUCAGUAGAUGUCCACCCCUUCAGACGCGGCAGGUGGAAUGUCACAUCCUGGCCCUUCCCCGGGGGCAGGUCUGUCCCCGGGGCCCAUCCUGGGCCCUAGCCCUGGACCGGACCCCUCACCGGGCUCUGUUCACAGCAUGAUGGGACCCAGUCCUGGACCUGGGACACCCAACGCUUCCCACGGCAUGCAGGGACAGAGUGAAUACUCUCAGGAUGGCAUGUAUCCCAUGCACAAGACGAUGGAGGGGAUGAACGAGAAGAGCAUGGCAGACGCGAUGCACUUUGGCCACAUGAAAGGUGUGGGGAUGAGAUCUCUGCACAGCGGCAUGGGGCCUCCGCAGAGUCCCAUGGACCAACACAGCCAAGGAUACAUUUCCCCCCAUCCAUCCCCCAUGGGUGUCCAUGAGCACGCUUCUAGUCCCAUGUCAGGAGGUGGGGGGCCCACACCGCCCCACAUGCCUCCCUCCCAGUCGGGCCCCAUGAUGCCCUUGGACCCCCAGUCCGCCGCCCCCAACAUGGGCCAGCAGCCUCGGGGACCUUCAGCCUUCAGUCCGGUGCAGCUGCAGCAGCUCAGAGCUCAGAUCCUGGCCUACAAGAUCCUCGGGCGGGGGCAACCACUGCCUGAUAACCUCCAGCUGGCUGUCCAGGGCAAGAGGAGUCUACCCACAAUGCAACAGCAGCAGCAACAGCAGCAGCAGGCACCUAAUGCUAGUCCUUACAACAGGCCUCCAGGUAUGCCCAUGGCACCUUUGGGUGGCCCCCAGUUGAGUCCCUGCCCCACCCCCACCAUGCAAGGACACAAUCCAAGCGCGGGGCCCAAGCCUUGGUCUGACGGUCAGGUGACUGAAAAUCCAGCCAACCCUCAGAAGCACCUCCCCCCCGCCCCCAGCGGACGGCCGUCCCCCGUGCCGCCGCAGGCCUCGGCCCUGCCGGCCGGGCCCCCCAUGCCGGGCGGCUCUGUGACCCCCCAGCCCCCGGGGCAGCAAGUGUCCCCCAUGCUCCAGUUGCAGAAGCAGAACCGCAUCACGCCCAUCCAGAAGCCCCAGGGCCUGGACCCAGUGGGCAUCCUGCAGGAGAGGGAGUACAGGCUGCAGGCUCGGAUCGCGCAUCGCAUCCAGGAGCUGGAGAGCCUGCCGGGCUCGCUGCCCCCCGACCUGAGGAACAAAGCCACGGUGGAGCUCAAAGCGCUGCGUCUGCUCAACUUCCAGCGGCAGCUGAGGCAGGACGUGGUGGCGUGCAUGAGGCGGGACACGACCCUGGAGACGGCGCUCAACUCCAAGGCGUACAGGCGCAGCAAGCGGCAGACGCUGAGGGAGGCUCGCAUGACCGAGAAGCUGGAGAAGCAGCAGAAGCUGGAGCAGGAGAAGAAGCGCCGCCAGAAGCACCAGGAAUACCUCAACAGCAUCCUGCAGCACGCCAAAGACUUCAAAGACUAUCACCGCUCGAUGUCCGGCAAGAUGCAGAAGCUCACCCGAGCCGUCGCCACCUGGCACACCAACACGGAGCGGGAGCAGAAGAAGGAGACGGAGAGAAUCGAGAAGGAGAGGAUGAGGAGGCUGAUGGCAGAAGACGAGGAAGGCUACCGUAAGCUGAUCGACCAGAAGAAGGACAAGCGGCUGGCUUACCUGCUGCAGCAGACGGACGAGUACGUGGCCAACCUCACCACGCUGGUGUACGAGCACAAAGCGGCUCAGGCCGCCAAGGACAAGAAGAAGAAGAAGAAGAAAAAGAAGAAGGACGUUGGAGACGGUGAAGGCACCAGCGCCAUCGGGCCGGAUGGAGAGCCGCUGGAUGAGAGCAGCCAGAUGAGCGAGCUGCCCGUCAAAGUCAUCCAGACGGAGACCGGCAAAGUCCUGCAGGGGACGGACGCUCCCAAGUCCAGCCAGCUGGAGGCCUGGCUGGAGAUGAACCCCGGCUAUGAAGUCGCCCCGCGGUCCGACAGCGAGGAGAGCGGCUCCGAGUUCGAGGAGGAGGAGGAAGAGGGGGGGACCAAGGCAGACGCGGAGGACGAGAAGAUCAUCGACCCCAACGGCGUGGAAGUGUUUGUGGCGGCCGCCAACAAAAUUAUCGAGUCGUCCAAGCAGGACGUGGACGACGAGUACAGCGUCCCCGCCGGACAGACCAGCUCCCAGUCGUCUUACUACGGCGUGGCCCACGCCGUCAUCGAGAGGGUGGAGAAGCAGUCGUCCCUGCUGAUCAACGGCACACUCAAACAUUACCAGGUUCAGGGGCUGGAGUGGAUGGUCUCCUUGUACAACAACAACCUGAACGGCAUCCUGGCCGACGAAAUGGGCCUCGGCAAAACCAUCCAGACCAUCGCCCUCAUCACCUACCUGAUGGAGUACAAGAGGAUCAACGGGCCCUUCCUCAUCAUCGUGCCCCUCUCGACUCUGUCCAACUGGCUGUAUGAACUAGAGAAGUGGUCGCCCUCUGUGGUCAAAAUCGCCUACAAGGGCACCCCCGUGCUGCGCCGGGGGCUCGUGCCUCAACUCCGCAGCGGGAAGUUCAACGUGCUGCUGACCACCUACGAGUACAUCAUCAAGGACAAGAACAUCCUGGCCAAGAUCCGCUGGAAGUACAUGAUCGUGGACGAGGGCCACCGCAUGAAGAACCACCACUGCAAGCUGACGCAGGUGCUGAACACGCACUACGUGGCGCCGCGCCGCCUCCUGCUCACCGGCACGCCGCUGCAGAACAAGCUGCCCGAGCUGUGGGCGCUGCUCAACUUCCUGCUGCCCACCAUCUUCAAGAGCUGCAGCACCUUCGAGCAGUGGUUCAACGCCCCGUUCGCCAUGACGGGGGAGCGGGUGGACCUGAACGAGGAGGAGACCAUCCUGAUCAUCCGGCGCCUGCACAAGGUGCUCCGCCCCUUCCUGCUGCGCAGGCUGAAGAAGGAGGUGGAGUCUCAGCUGCCGGAGAAGGUGGAGUACGUGGUGAAGUGCGACAUGUCAGCCAUUCAGAAGGUCCUGUACCGCCACAUGCAGAGGGGCAUCCUCCUCACCGACGGCUCUGAGAAGGACAAGAAGGGCAAAGGAGGAGCCAAGACCCUGAUGAACACCAUCAUGCAGCUGAAGAAGAUCUGCAACCACCCGUACAUGUUCCAGCACAUCGAGGAGUCUUUUGCUGAGCACUUGGGCUUUCCAGGCAAUGUCAUCAGUGGACUGGAGCUGUACCGAGCGUCGGGGAAGUUCGAGCUCCUGGACCGCAUCCUGCCCAAGCUGCAGGCCACCAACCACCGGGUGCUGCUCUUCUGCCAGAUGACCACCCUCAUGACCAUCAUGGAGGACUACUUCGGCUACCGCAACUUCCAGUACCUGCGUCUGGACGGAACCACCAAGUCGGACGACCGAGCGAUGCUGCUGAAGAAGUUCAACGAGGAGGGAUCUCAGUACUUCAUCUUCCUGCUCAGCACCAGGGCCGGCGGCCUGGGCCUCAACCUGCAGGCCGCGGACACCGUGGUCAUCUUCGACAGCGACUGGAACCCCCACCAGGACCUUCAGGCUCAGGACCGCGCCCACCGCAUCGGGCAGCAGAACGAGGUGCGCGUGCUCCGCCUCUGCACCGUCAACAGCGUGGAGGAGAAGAUCUUGGCGGCCGCCAAGUACAAACUCAACGUGGACCAGAAGGUCAUCCAGGCGGGAAUGUUCGACCAGAAGUCCUCGAGCCACGAGCGCCGGGCCUUCCUCCAGGCCAUCCUGGAGACCGAGGAGCAGAACGAGGAAGAAGAUGAGAUCCCCGACGACGAAACCCUCAACCAGAUGAUCGCCCGCAACGAAGAUGAAUUUGAGCUCUUUAUGCGCAUGGACAUGGACCGACGGCGCGAGGAAGCCAGGAACCCGAAGCGCAAGCCCCGCCUCAUGGAGGAGGACGAGCUGCCCUCCUGGAUCAUCAGGGACGAGGCCGAGGUGGAGCGGCUCACGUACGAGGAGGAGGAGGAGAAGAUGUUCGGCCGAGGGUCCCGCUGCCGCCGGGACGUCGACUACAGCGACGCGCUGACCGAAAAGCAGUGGCUGCGGGCCGUCGAGGACGGCAACCUGGAGGAGAUGGAGGAGGAGAUCCGGCUGAAGAAGCGCAAACGCAAGAGACGCCCCGACAAGGACUUCUCGAGCCGAGACGACGGGGGCUCCUCCAAGGCCAAGAAGAAACGAGGGCGUCCUCCAGCCGAGAAGCACUCGGCCAACCCCCCCAAGCUCACCAAGCAGAUGAACACCAUCAUCGACACCGUCAUCAACUACAGGGACGGGUCCGGGAGGCAGCUGAGCGAGGUCUUCGUCCAGUUACCGUCCAGGAAGGAGCUCCCAGAAUACUACGAGCUGAUCAGAAAACCCGUGGACUUCAAAAAGAUCAAAGACCGCGUGAGGAACCAUAAGUACCAAGGGGUCGGAGACCUGGAGAGAGACGUGAUGCUGCUGUGUCACAACGCGCAGACCUUCAACCUGGAGGGCUCCCAGAUAUACGAGGACUCCAUUGUGCUUCAGUCAGUCUUCAAAAGUGCCAGGCAGAAGAUCGCCAAAGACGAGGAGAGCGACGACGACAGCGAGGAGGACGAGGAGGACGAGGAGGAAUCGGAGGCCGAGGCCAAGGCGGUGCGGGUGAAGAUCAAGCUGAGUAAGGACAAGGGCAAGAAGAGGCAAAGCCGAGGGAAGGCCAAGCCGGUGGUCAGCGACGACGACAGCGACGAAGACCUGGACGACAACGAUCAGUCGGACCGGAGCGACGAUGACUGAAAGCGACAGACGUUCCAUCGCCGCCGUUCAAGUUCAUAGUCUGUAUUCAUUUUUACUUCAUUUGUCCUCUUUGUGUAUCUGUAUCGUGUGUUUUGUCGCACCUUCCCCUACCAGCUUAGAAAUGUAUUACCAAUAAUCGAUAAGCUACAGCAAUACCAGUCUGCUUAAAUUCCUGUUUUUAAGACCAUUUUUUUAGUAUAUUUUUUAACUCUGUGCUUUUAAAGCUUAUUCAAAUUCUGUAUGAAAAAAAAUUGAAGAGAAAAAAGAUUUGGUCGUGACAUCCGCGCUUCUGCUUGAUUUGUACCUGCUUGCUUGCACUUUUAGAAAAUUAAAUAUUAAUAUUAACAUUUUAAAAAAUGUGUUAUAAAAGCAUAAUUUGGAGAACCACUGGUGAUCAAAAAGGCAAUCAUUAGAGUUUGGAAUUUAUCUUUGUAACUUGUUACAGUGCCAAAUGUUCGAGAAAUUGAUUGUUUGCUAAACCCCUCCCCCCCAACCUGCCAUUGUCCAAUCAUAGCCUAGCAACCGUAACUAAGCACAGUCUGACUUUCAAGUCAAGCUUUAGAUUUCUUCAAUUUACAAAGAUGAUAAAGCAAACCGUUAAUCUGCUCGAAGGUUAACGGCGAAUGUUUGAUGGUCCAGUUUGUCCUGAGUUUGUCCUCCACAUUCUGGAGACACUGAAAGGCCAAAAAGAGCUUCAAUUACGAAAGAAACCCAAAGCUGCUUCAUUAGCAGUAAGUCCUGACUCAAGGUCAACGUUAGCUCUCUCUUGGAUUUAUGGAAGUAAGAAAUACAGACGCAGCAAACGCAAUAUACUAAUAAAUACUGUAUGACAUUUGUCAAACCCAUUGACUAGUCCUCAUUCUCCACACCUUUGCUCUUGUUACGUUAAACGUGACUUCACCAUUAGCUUUAGCAUCCGACUUUUAGCAUGACAUUACGCAAUCCAGCAGGCUGUUUAGUGCACCUUUUUAAACUCUGUUUACAAACCUCUCUAUUUGGAAACUGCUGGCUAGCGUUAGCUCGGCUAGCUAGCUGCUGGCUAGCUUUAGCUUGGAUAGUUAGCCAAGGGUUAGCGUUAGCUCAGUUAGCUAGCUGCUGGCUUGCCUUAGUUGCCUUAGAGGUGGUUGUCAGCUGGAGAUGAUAAAGCCCACUUUUGUCUAAAAUAAAAGACACCCUGUACGCCAUUUCCACCAGUUUCCUUUUAAAAGUAAAGAACAGGAUGCGUGACGGGCGUAGCAACCGUUACUAUGAAGGGCGGGGCUUAGCAAACAUUUAAAUCUGAGAGUGUAAAACGUUUGUCUGGAGUCUUUAUAUAUAACAAGGCAGCACAACACAAUGACAGUUGUUGCUUGAUGACUUAAAGCGAUUCUUUGAGGUGGCCGUGAAUGCUGGAGGCUUUUAUUAAGUGAAGUGUAACUCACUUCAUGUCGGUGAAUCCAUGUGUGUCAUGUAUCCUUUCCUAUGAUGUGUUGAAGUUGUCGUGUAUCGGAGCCGAUGCUCUGGACUUUGUUGUUAUUGUUUUAUUUGGGCUUUUAUUCCUUGAGAAACAGGUCAGAGGGAAACCUCUUGUUUCGUGGAAUAAAAACCAGCAUUCAUUGAAGCUAAAACGUGUCUCAUUAAAAACGGUAAACAACAGAUAAUAUUACAAUGAAAAGUGUGAUGGGAUUAAAACAUGUAACUUGAAUGACAUUAAACAGAGCAGUUCAUUUAAAAAAAUGUAUUGAUUUAUGAUUUAUUUGGAUUGAGGUAUUCCUGUUUUAGUUUUGAGCCGACAUUUUAUUUGUUUGUAUCUCAUUUGUCGCAUGAAUUCUUUUGGCAAUAUAACGUGAACAUGCAGAUAUAAAUCUUUUUGUGUGUGUGUGUGUGUGUGUGUGUGUGUGUGUGUGUGACAUGUGCUUGCCGACUCUCCAUAAGUGUGACUUAAUCUUUGCUUUCUUUGCACAGUGUCUUUGUGGUAUCUCAUAGCCCAGGGCAAAUAAAAUCUCACUGAUUAUCUGCACAGAAAAUGGUUUUGCACUUUUUUUU